GCGGGUGGCGGGCGCUCCCAGAAUCGCACGUUCGCCCGGGCGGCCAGACUCGUCCUCCUCCCCCUCCUCCUCCUCUCCCUCUCCCUCCCCCUUCCCCCACCCCAUGGUGCCAAAAAUAGAUGGGAGUCGCCUCGCCUCUGGUUCGCGCCCCACGUUCCCGCUCCCCUCCCGGCUCCGGCUCCGGCUCGCCUCCCUCCGCCCGCCCGCGCGCUCACCGCCGGUGCCGGCAUCGCGCGUCUCCCCGCACGCGCGCGCUCGAUCGACGCGGAACGCACCGGGCUCGGGCUGUUCCCUCCGCCUCCGCGGCCGCGAGGCGACCGGCGAGCGGCCCAAGGGAGGGAGACACCGCCGCCGCCCGCCUCCGGCCGCCGCCUCCGCCGAAGGCUCGAUUCUCCCCCGUACGAUCGUAGCAUUCCGGCUCCCCCGCGCGUGACCCCAUGGCUCAGGCUGGGACAUUAAACAUUGUUGUAGGCUCCCAUGUAUGGCUGGAGGAUAAAGAUUUAGCUUGGAUUGAUGGUGAGGUCUUCCGAAUUGAAGGCCGAAAUGCCCAUGUCCGCACUACUAACGGAAAGACGGUUACUGCAAGCAUAUCAAACAUUCAUCCGAAGGACACAGAAGUUCUAUCUGAUGGAAUUGAUGACAUGACACGCUUAUCAUACUUACAUGAGCCUGGUGUUUUGGACAAUCUCGCUGUCCGAUAUGCCAAAAAUAUUAUUUAUACCUAUACUGGCAAUAUUUUGAUUGCAAUAAAUCCAUUCCAAAGGCUGCCUCAUAUUGCUGAACCCAGUACUAUGGAGAAGUACAGAGGUGCAAAUUUUGGUGAGCUUGAUCCUCAUGUAUUUGCACUCGCUGAUGUUUCUUACAGGCAAAUGAUGAAUGAGGGAAAGAGCAACUCCAUUUUGGUGAGUGGUGAAAGUGGUGCUGGUAAAACUGAAACCACAAAGCUGCUUAUGAGAUAUCUUGCAUUUUUGGGUGGACGAUCUAAAACUGGAGGGAGGACCGUUGAACAACAAGUUUUAGAAUCAAAUCCAGUCCUCGAAGCAUUUGGCAAUGCAAAAACUGUUCGGAACAACAACUCAAGUCGAUUCGGAAAAUUUGUUGAAAUCCAAUUUGACCAGAGUGGGAAGAUAUCUGGUGCAGCCAUUAGGACAUAUUUGCUUGAGCGAUCUCGUGUUUGCCAAAUCAAUAGCCCAGAGAGGAACUAUCACUGUUUUUACUUCCUGUGUUCAGCACCAUCGGAGGACAUUAAAAGGUAUAAGCUGGGCGACCCUUCGUCAUUUCACUAUCUCAACCAAUCUUCCUGCAUUAAAGUUGAUGGAAUGAGUGAUGCUGAGGAGUAUCUUGCAACAAGAAGUGCGAUGAAUACAGUUGGCAUAACUGAGCAGGAACAGGAGGCUACAUUUCGGGUUGUUGCUGCUGUGCUUCACCUUGGGAACCUCAAUUUUGUUAAAGGGAGAGAUGCAGAUUCAUCUGUACUAAAGGAUGAGAAAGCUAAGUUCCAUCUGAAUGCAGCAGCAGAGCUCUUGAUGUGUGACCGUGAGAAGCUGGAGAAUGCACUGAUAAAGAGGAAAAUAAAUACGCCAGAAGGAGUGAUUACCACAACAGUUGAUCCUAAUUCUGCUACUGUUAGCAGGGAUGGCUUAGCAAAACAAAUAUAUUGCCGACUAUUUGACUGGCUUGUAAAUAGGCUAAAUGCAUCAAUAGGACAAGAUGCACACUCAGCACGUUUGAUUGGGGUGCUUGAUAUAUAUGGUUUUGAAAGUUUUAAGACUAACAGCUUUGAGCAAUUAUGCAUCAAUUUCACCAAUGAAAAACUCCAACAGCAUUUUAAUCAGAAUGUCUUCAAAAUGGAGCAGGAAGAGUAUAAUCGAGAGCAGAUCGACUGGAGUUACAUAGAAUUCGUUGACAAUCAAGAUGUGCUGGACUUGAUUGAGAGGAAACCUGGUGGAAUUAUCGCACUUCUUGAUGAAGCUUGUAUGUUCCCGAAAUGCACGCAUGAAUCAUUUUCUCAAAAGCUGUAUGAGAAGUUCAAGAACAACAAAAGGUUUAGCAAACCAAAGCUUUCUCGUACUGCAUUUACAAUUCAACAUUACGCAGGAGAAGUAACCUAUCAGUCCGAUCAUUUUCUGGACAAAAACAGAGAUUAUGUAGUAGGAGAACAUGAAGAAUUGCUUAAUGCUUCCAAGUGCUCCUUUGUAUCAGGGUUAUUCCCAUCAGUACCAGAGGAGAACACAAAAUCGUCGAAGUCAUCAAUCGCUAAUCGAUUUAAGGGGCAACUCCAUGAACUAAUGGAGACUUUGAGUUCUACAGAACCUCAUUACAUUAGAUGUGUUAAGCCCAAUAAUCUUCUUAAGCCUGCUACUUUUGACAACAUCAAUGUUCUGCAGCAACUUCGAUGUUCGGGUGUUCUUGAAGCUAUCAGAAUAAGCUGUGCUGGAUACCCUACACGGAAAUUAUUUCGUGAUUUUCUUCAACGGUUUUGCAUCAUUGCUCCUGAAAUUUUGAAAGAAAGAAACGAUGACAAAGUAAUCUGCCAAAAGAUUUUGGACAAAACAGGACUCCAGGGUUAUCAGAUUGGAAGAACUAAGGUGUUCCUGAGAGCGGGUCAGAUGGCUGAACUGGAUGCUAGAAGAACUGAAGUGCGGAGUAAAGCAGCUAGAGUUAUUCAGAGUAGAUAUCACACUUAUGUUGCUCGUCAGAAAUUCCUUGCAAUACGCAACACAUCUGUAUCUUUUCAAUCUAUUGUUAGAGUAAUAUUGGCUUGUAAGCGGCGUGUAUUCCUGAGAAACCAAGAUGCGGCGUUGAAAGUACAGAAAAGUGUCCGCUGGUACCUUGCUUGGAAGUCUUAUUCCAAACUGCGAUGGUCAGCCGUUACAUUGCAGGCAGGAUUGAGGGCUUUUGGUGCUUACAAUGAAUAUGUUCGCAGAAAACAAAGGAAAGCUUCUAUCCAUAUCCAGGCUCGGUGGCGUUGCCACACAGAUAAUUCAAAUUAUCUUAAGCUGAAGAGAUCAGUGUUGAUUUAUCAGUGUGCAUGGCGAAGACGUGUCGCUAGAAGAGAACUCAGAAAGCUUAAAAUGGCUGCAAGAGAUACAGAAGCUCUGAAGGUGGAGAAGGAGAAACUUGAGGAACACGUGGAAGAGCUAACAAGCCGUUUAGGUUUGGAAAUGAAACUGAGGGCUGACUUAGAGAACAACAAAGCAGGAGAAAUCUCCAAAUUACAGGCUGCCCUUCGUGAGAUGGAGCAUCGAGUAGAAGAAGCCACAGCAGUGCAGGAAAGUGAAUCGGCCAAAAGGGCUGUUGAAGAAGCUCUAGCUCAAGAAAGAGAAAAAAUCACUAUAUUGACUAAUGAAAUUGAGGGGAUGAAGGUACUACUAUCAAGAGAACAAGAAGAAAACACUGCAACAAAGAAUGAUCUUGCUAUUGCUCAGGAAAGAUGUGAAGACCUGAAUGGAAAAAUCGAGGUUGCAGAUGAAAACAUCAAGCAGCUUAGAGAUACUGUGAAAAGAUUUGAAGAGAAUGUGACAGAACUAGAAUCUUCACUGAUGACGGAGAAGCAACACAAUGAGGCAACCAGAGGGGAACUUGGUGAAGCACACCAGAGAGUUGAAGAACUACUGAGACAAGUUGCAGAUGCUGAUGGAAAAUCCGCCGUACUUCAGUCUACUGUGCAAAGGCUGGAAGAAAGUCUAACAGAGACAGAGGGCACUUUGCUUUUAGAAAGGCAAGAGAGUGAGGCAAUCAAGAAAUCACUCACUGAAGCUCGUGGAGACAAUGAAGAAUUAGUCCAUAAAACUGAAGUUUUUGAAAAGGACAUUGCUAGGUUUCAAAACAACAUCGAAAGACUUGAAGAAGCUGCAAGAACAUUUGAGACUUCAUUGCUGGCUGAAAAACAACACAGUGCUGCAAUCAUGUCACAGUUAGCUGAAACAAAGGAGGAAAUUGAAGAACUGCAAAAGAAGUUUACAGAUGCCAAUAGGACAAAUGACACGCUUCAAGAUUCUUUGAAGAGGCUUGAAGAAACUGCAGCCACAAGGGAUGCCUUGCACGUAGCAGAAAAGCAAGAGCAUGGUCAAACCAAAGAAGCGCUUUCUAAAUCUCAGGAGAGAAAUUCAGAAUUGCUUACGAAAGUUGAUGAGUCUGAGAAAAGUAUAAAUAAGCUGAUGGAGAAUGUCAAGAGACUUGAGAAACAUGCAACAUCAAGGGAGUCAUUGCUGUUAAAGACAAAGCAAAAUCAGGAUGGCACAACAAAAGCACUAGCUGAAGCUGAAAAGAGAAACGAAGAGUUAAUGAAAAGCUCUGAAGAUUCAGAUAAGAAAAUCAGUCUGCUUGAGGAUUCAGUGAACAGACUAGAAGAAUGUGCUGCAGAGAAAGACUCUCUAUUGGCAACAGAAAGACAAGAAAACAAUGCUACCAAGGAAGAACUAGCCAAUGCCCAGAAAAAAACAAAGGAAUUAGUAAAUGAGUUACAAAAUUGCCAAGAAAUCAGAAAGCAACUCGAAGAAAACAUCAAGAGGCUUGAACAAGAUGCUACUGCCAAAGAUGCUUUAUUGAUAUCAGAAAAACAAACACAUGAGGCGACCAAGAAAACUCUGACUGAAACUCUGGGGAGAAAUGAAGAGUUAAUCAAGAAAAUUCAGGAUUCUGAUAAACAUAGUCUUCAGCUUCAGCUAACUGUUGAGAGACUUCAAGCAAAUGCAUCUGCAAAGGAGGAUUUACUGUUGAGAGAAAGGGAGCAAAGUAAUACAACCAUGAAGGUGCAAGAAGAAAAUCAAGAAAGAAAUUUGCAAUUACUAAAGAGAUUUGAGGAUGUUGACAAGAAAAUUGACCUUCUUCAAGGCACCAUACAGAGGCUUGGCGACCAUACAGAGAAAGACACGUUACUGCUAUCUGAGAAACAAGAGAAGGAUGAAUUGAAGAAAGCACUCACUGAGACUGAAUACAAAAAUGAAGAAUUAACGAUAAAAAUUGGUGAAACCAACAAAAAAAUUGAACAUCUGCAAAACACUAUACAUAUGCUUGAACAAGACAUAGUGGCGAAAGUUGCUUCUUUGGAAGCUGAAAAACAAGAAAAUGACGCGAUUAGGAAAUCUCUUGUUGAAGCUCAGGAGAGAAAUGAUGAACUAUUUAUGAAAAUUAGAGAUAGUGAAUACAAGGCCCACCAGCUCCAAGAUACUGUGCAAAAGCUUCAAGUAGAUGCCAUAUCAAGACUGUCUUCCUUUGUACUGGAGAAACAAGAGAGUGAUGCUGUGAAGAAAGCACUUACUGAGGCUCGUGGAAGAAAUGAAGAUCUAAUAAGGAGAAACGAAGACCUCCUCGAUAGAAAUGAUGACCUUAUCAAGAAAAUCGAAGAGCUUCAGGAGACCAUACAAAAGCUAGAAGGAAAAUCAUCUAACUUAGAGGCAGAAAACCAAACUCUUCGUCAGCAUUCGAUUGUGUCGACUCCAUCUACCGCCAAAUCUCAAGCUUCAUACUCUAAAAUCAGUAUGAUCCAUAGAAGUCAAGAAAAUGGUCAUAUUUUAAAUGGCAACGUACCAUAUGCUGAAAUGAGGUCCUCGUUUGGUCCAGCAGAAACAAGACCCUAUAUGGGUAGUGCCCCUGAUUUGACUAUCCACAGGGACUAUGAUACUGGGGAGAAAAUGCAAAGGGUACUACUUAGUGAAGGAUAUCAGCAGCCCCAGGAUGAUCAGAAGUUAUUGCUUAAGUACAUUACCCAACAUCUUGGAUUCUCUGGGAACAAACCUGUUGCUGCUCUUCUUAUAUACCAAUAUCUUCUUCAUUCGAGAUCGUUUGAAGUUACAAAGACAGGUGUCUUUGACAGUAUCCUACAGGCUAUAAACUCAGCAACAGAGGCUCAAUAUGACACGAGAAGCUUGGCCUAUUGGUUAUCCAACUUAUCGACAUUAUCAGUUCUCCUGCAACGCUCUUUUAGAACCGCUAGGACAGCAGCCUCAGUUCCAUAUAGACGAAAAAUGUCGUAUGAUAGGAUUUAUCAAGCCAGUCAAGCAUCUGGGCUUUCUUAUUUAAGUGGUCAAUUAUUGGAUGAACCUGGUGCAUCACACCAAAUUGAUGCAAAAUAUCCAGCUUUGCUCUUCAAGCAGCAGCUUGUGGAUCUGAUUGAAAAGGUGUAUGGGUUGAUAAGUGACAAAUUGAAGAAAGAGCUUAAUCCAUUGCUUGAGCUGUGCAUUCAGGAUCCAAGAACUUCUCAAGCAAAGGCCUCAGUGACAUCUGCUGGCUUGGGCCAACACAACCAACUCACACAUUGGCUGGGCAUCGUGAAAAUCCUCAACAGCUACUUGUAUCUGCUAAUAGCCAACCAUGUUCCAACAAUAUUGGUCCACAAGUUGCUAACCCAAAUAUUUUCUAUGGUGAACGUCCAAUUAUUUAACAGACUCCUUCUGCGUCGUGAGUGCUGUUCAUUUAGCAACGGGGAACAUAUUAGAGCCGGAUUAGCCCAACUAAAACAUUGGUGCAAUGAUGUUGCUCAAGAGCUUGCAGAUUCAGCCUGGGAAGCACUGAGGCAUAUAAGACAGGCGGCCGAUUUCCUGGUCAUUUCCCGAAAACAAAUGAGGACAUGGAGAGAGAUACGCAAUGAUAUUUGUCCGGCUCUCAGCUUACAGCAGCUAGAGAGAAUAGUUGGUAUGUACUGGGACGACAUGAGCGGCACAAACGUACUUUCAGCAGAGUUCACAUCAAGCAUGAGAGCAACCAUGCAUGAAGAAUCAAAUAGCCUCUCCAGCUUUUCAGUCUUGCUGGAUGAUGAUUCCAGCAUACCCUUUUCGCUCGACGACAUCGCAAAGUCGAUGCCCAACAUUGAGGACACGGUGGAGAGCGACCUGCUGCCCUUUAUUCGUGAAAACCAGAGCCUUGCACUUAUAUUGCAAAGGAGGGACUGAGUAGUUCGCCGGCCUUGGGCGAACGAGGAGUACCUCGCUCUAGGGUGUAUGUAUUCUUGUAGCACAGUAGUAGAAGAUAGGAUGCCAUAUUAAGAGUGUUUCCACCGAGAAUUUCUAGGCUUCUAAAGCUGUUAAUAAUUGUUUGGUUAAGCAGUGGUGCGUCUCUUCUCAGGGCAUCUUGCCUGCAUCACCCUCUUCUCCAUUCUUUGGGUUUGAGUAGAAGCUGUAAUUCAUCAAAGGUGACAGAAACAUGUUAAAUCUUACCGUCAUCUCAGCCGCUUGGCUAUAUACAAGUUCACUUUCUGUACACUGACGGCAAGGAACACAGCAUGCCAGGGCUUGAGGCUGAAAUUGACCGGCUGGAGAAUGUUUUGACCAUAUGAACGGAAAACAGAGAUAUGAUUAAUUAAUCAUUAUAACCCACUAGGUCGAAAAUCCAUCUAUCAUAUACAUGUACAAUUCUUGAAACC